AUGACUGGAGACAGAGAGGACGAGCUUUGUCAGAAAGCGCUCAAUAUAGUGACCGAACUCUGCUUUAAAGGGUUGGUGGAGCACGAAAGCUGUCUGGAUUUUUCUUACUAUCUCCGGGAUCGAGGCCGACCACGCCAUACAGAUUCAGAUAUUUCUAUUAGCCUGUUGUCGCUGGUGGUUACUGCCUGUGGCCUAGCACUUUUUGGAGUCUCGCUGUUUGUCUCCUGGAAGUUGUGCUGGAUCCCGUGGCGGGAACGCAGCGAAUCAUCCAACAACAAGGACAGCCAACAGGACCAGCAGCAUUACACAGAUAACGAGACAGAUGGGCAUGAGUACAGCGAGGACUUCAUGACUGAACCUGCCUCCUACCCAGAGUCAGCGAUGAAGAUCAGCCACACUUCCCCAGAUAUUCCCGUGGAUGCCCAAUCCAAGAACAAGGAGAACUGCACCCAUAAUGUGCGGAUGCAUCGGCAAGUCACGGAACCCACGUCAUCUUCCAGGCACAAUUCUAUAAGAAGACAGUUAAACCUUUCCAACCCGGACUUUGACAUCCAACAGUACCAAAGGCAAGAAAAGCCAAUGGACAUUGGACGGAUUAAGCCUGAGUUGUAUAAACAGAGGUCAGUGGACACUGAUGACGGACGGAGGAACGACCGCACAUGUGGCAAACUUAACUUUGUGCUGAAGUACGACUGCGACUUGGAACAGCUGAUUGUCAAAAUCCACAAGGCUGUCAACCUGCCAGCCAAGGAUUUUUCAGGAACAUCUGACCCUUAUGUGAAGAUAUACUUGCUGCCGGACCGUAAAACCAAACACCAGACUAAAGUCCACCGCAAAACCCUCAACCCUGUCUUUGACGAAGCCUUCCUCUUUUCUGUGCCCUACAAUGAGCUGGCCAAUCGGAAGCUUCACUUCAGCGUCUACGACUUUGACAGGUUUUCCCGUCACGACGUGAUUGGCCAAGUGGCCGUUGACAAUUUCCUUGACUUGUCUGAAUUCCCCCGAGAGACAAUGCUGUGGAGGGAUAUUCAACAUGUCACUUCGGAAAAUGUGGACCUCGGAGACCUGAUGUUUUCACUGUGUUAUCUUCCCACUGCUGGUCGGCUCACUAUCACUGUCAUCAAGGCUCGCAAUCUUAAGGCCAUGGAUAUAACCGGAGCUUCGGAUCCAUAUGUGAAGAUCUCUCUGAUGUGCGAUGGGAGGAGGUUGAAGAAGAGGAAAACAUCAACAAAGAGAAAUACAUUAAAUCCUGCGUACAAUGAAGCCAUAGUCUUUGAUGUUCCCCCUGAAAAUAUUGACCAAGUGAGCUUGUUAAUAGCUGUCAUGGAUUACGAUCGUGUAGGUCACAACGAGGUCAUCGGUGUGUGUCGUGUGGGGAAUGAUGCAGAGAGGCUGGGGCGUGAUCAUUGGAAUGAGAUGCUCAGCUACCCACGCAAACCUAUAGCACAUUGGCAUCAGCUGGCAGAGUGGCUGAGACAAGCUUGUGUUGGCAACCAAGGGUCCUACCACUCUUUAAAGACACCGCCAUCUCCUUGA